AUGACAGACUUGCCUUGGGGUAUCAACAAGGGCCACCCGACGACGAUCAUCGCCAAGGCGCCCAAGCCGUCCAACAGGAAGGGCAAGCAAUCCAACCGCCAGGCGUUCGUAAAGUCGAUCGUCCGAGAGGUACAUUCAUCGAGCGUUGCUACACGAGGACGAUGUCUGGAUGAGUGACUUAUUUCGACCUUGAUAAAUUGCAUGACAGGUUGCCGGUUUCGCCCCCUACGAGCGACGAGUGAUGGAAUUGAUUCGCAACUCCAAGGUGCGUCGUCGCUGCUCGCUCAAUUGUCCGCUGGCUCCGCAGCUGGCCCGCUGGCUGGCCCGGCAUCAACGGUUGGCGCCCGCCGACCCGGGCUUCACGCUCGUGCUCGUGCUCUUCCCCAUGUGCAACAUACUGACUUUUCUUACUCGUCGACGCUACCUCUUACAGGACAAGAAGGCCCGCAAGCUGACCAAGAAGCGUGUAAGUAGCCAUUCCAUCACACGCGCAAGGACGGGACCGAUUGCAUGGCUGCGACGCGCCGCGGGGUCGAUCCGAGGCUGAUGGCGCGGAGGGUCGUCACCAGUCGAAGGGGGCACUGGCGAAAGGAAAAGAGUGAGAGAGAGAGAGUGGAACAACCGGGAAAGCAGAGGAAUGCAGGAGCAGACGGACUCGUGUGGUCUCCAGGAGCGGCGAGGGGAACAGACGAACCGAUAAGACGGCUGCCCCGACCGCAACACACCAUGGUCAACAACUACACCGGAAAAUACGAUGGCUAUGGCUGAUCAUCUUGACUCUCUCCUCCAACAGCUUGGUACACUCCGCCGCGCCAAGCGCAAGGUCGAUGAGCUCACCGGUGUCAUCGGUAAGCUCUCAACCGCACACCUUUCUGACCUCCACUGGCUUGCCAACUAACUCGCAUCUCAUUAUUUACAGCCGAGCAACGCCGACACGCCGCCUAA